CCGUCGCGCGGAGACCCAGAGCCUGUGCUCGCCAUGAAGCGGCCCAGGGAGCCGAGCGGGUCUGACAGCGAGUCCGACGGACCCAUCGACGUGGGCCGCGAGGGCGAGCUGAGCCAGAUGGCCAGGCCGCUGUCCACCCCCAGCCCUUCGCAGAUGCAAGCCAGGAAGAAACGCAGAGGGAUCAUAGAGAAACGGCGCCGAGACCGCAUCAACAGCAGCCUUUCUGAGUUGCGACGCUUGGUCCCCACCGCCUUUGAGAAACAGGGCUCCUCCAAGCUGGAGAAGGCUGAGGUCCUGCAGAUGACAGUGGACCACUUGAAAAUGCUCCAUGCCACUGGUGGGACAGGAUUCUUUGAUGCCCGAGCCUUGGCAGUGGACUUCCGCAGCAUCGGUUUUCGGGAGUGCCUCACCGAGGUCAUCAGGUACCUGGGGGUCCUGGAAGGGCCAAGCAGCCGUGCAGACCCCGUCCGGAUUCGUCUUCUCUCGCACCUCAACAGCUAUGCAGCCGAGAUGGAGCCUUCUCCCACGCCCGCUGGUCCCCUGGCCUUCCCUGCCUGGCCCUGGUCCUUCUUCCAUAGUUGUCCAGGGCUGUCAGCCCCGAGCAACCAGCUCACUAUCUUGGGAAGAGUGCCCGGUCCCAUCCUGCCCAGCGCCCCCUCUCUCGCUUACCCCCUCCAGGCCCUCCGAACCGCUCCUGUGCGCAGAGCCACUGGCACCAUCCUACCAGCCCGCAGGAAUUUGCUGCCCAGUCGAGGGGCAUCUUCCAUGCGGAGGGCCCGUCCCUUGGAGAGACCAGCUGCUCCCCUGCCUGUAGCCCCCGGCAUCAGGGCUGCCAGGAGCAGCCACACGACACCCCUCCUACGAUCUUCUUCCCCUAUACCUCCUGGCAUUGUGGGGUCCCCUGCUUAUGUGGCUGUUCCUGCCCCCAGGCCCUCUUCCCCAGGGGCAGCUGGGAGGCCAGCAGGAGCUGGGCCCUGCCACUCCUGGGUCUCUGAAAUCACUGAAAUCGGGGCUUUCUGAGCUGGCUUCUCCCCAGGAGCGAGGAGGGUUCUUUUUCUAGGAGCUCUAAAAACAGUGCUGUCUUCUGCCCUGCUUCCUGACCUGGCUCCUGUCUGUGAUGGCAAUUUCCCUCACCCAUCAGAGGCCCCUUCCUCCUUUGGCCCACCUCCCCUCCUCACUACCCAUCCCAGCUUGUCGACCCAGCUCUCCUGGAGCUGUUCUGAUCUCAGAGGCCUGGUCUCAUUUCUUACCUGGGACAAAUAAGUCCUGGGAGGGCCCCAACAAGCUGUGCCCAGACCCUUUCCUGCCCCGGCACACAGAGAGCAGCAGGCAUGAAUCUAAGGUCUGGGAACAAAGCUUGACCCUAAAAGACAUAACAGCCUCAGGCUGGCUGCUUGUCUAGAGAGUUCAGAAUCCAGCUUGUGCAGUGACUGGUUCAGCCUUCCCAGGACCCCAGGACUAGGACAUAGUGUCUGCCUCACUUCCGGAGACAGUAACAGAGCAGGGGCCACAAAGUGGUCUCUGGGGAACCCCCGUCUGCCCCUGUCCACCCCACUGCAGUGGGCCACAGGACAGGAACCCCUGUCCACCACAGCCAAAGCCUGGGGGUUAGGGGCCCAGCACGGCCUGCUCGGGUGUUCUGCCCCACUGCAGACCCCUCCCCUCCGGCUAAGCCACAGUUCCCUGCAUAGAGACUGGGAGGUUUCUGGGCAGCAGUAAGACUCCAAAACAGGGGGUCCUUACCAGCAGGCCUGGGACAGCACCCCCAGACAAGAGCCGGGUUUGAGUGGAGAACACAGCUCCCUGCCUCUCACACCGUCACCAUCUUCCAGAUGCCUGUUCCCUGUUGGGUGCACAGUGUGGAGGGUCACGUUCCCAUGUGAUGGCGCCCCAAGAGGAGCCCUCUUGGGAUUCAGCACCAGACGUUUGUGCUGCCUGGUUUGCAUCCGGCUCGCAGAGCCCAGACUGUGGGACAGCCAAGGGCUGUCAAGCUGGACAAAAAUAACUGCAAGGAGGGACGAGAGGAAGGACAGUCAGAGGCAGUUAGGCCCUUCAAGGUCACACGGUGGGUCAAGGGCCUGAGAUCCUGUUCACCCAGGAUACCAUGCAGCUGGCUCUGCUCAGAGGCCGUUUCAUGACCCAGCUCCAGCCCUGGCCACUUGUCCUCUAGCAGAGGGAGCAAAUGGCCUGGCCCCCAUUCCCAGUGGAACAGCAGAGAUCAGAAAAGAUCGGGAAAGA